AUGCGUGCUAAUAUUCUACGACAGCUGGCUGCCCUGGCACGCUUCUACGCACCACUUUUUGGGGGCCGCAACCUUAUCAUUACCAAUACGGUGAGCUGUGGUGUUUUACUGGGAACUGCAGAUAUAAUUCAGCAAUCUUUGGAGAGAAGGAGGAACCCUGCACUGAAGUGGGAUGCUGACCGCAUGUUACACAUGUUCAUUACAGGAUGCACCAUGGGACCACCCCUACAUUACUGGUACGUCUUGGUAGACAAAAUAACCCCAGGAAAAGGAAUGCAACACAUAAAAAUUGUUCUCCUAAAGGUAGCAAUUGAUCAGGCCUUUGCUCCAUUCUUUGGAUGCUGGUAUUUCACAACGAUGGGAUUGCUUCAAGGCCAUAGUUUGGCAGACAGUUUGAAGGAAUUUAAAGAGAAGUUCUGGGAUUAUUUCAUUGCAGAACUCACUGUGUGGCCGGCCGCUCAACUGUUAAAUUUUCUCUUUCUCCAACCAAAAUACCGAGUGAUAUUUGUGAAUAUGGUGACUUUAGGAUGGAAUGUGUACCUUUCAUAUCUCAAACACAGAAGUUGA